GUCAUCGCGGGCGCGACGCCCCGAGGGGCAGUUUGGGGUUCUGCGGUCUGGAAGGUGCGGAGGUGAUACUGGCCAGGAAGAUGCCAGUUGCGGUGAUGGCGGAAAGUGCUUUCAGUUUCAAGAAGCUUCUGGACCAGUGCGAGAGCCAGGAGCUGGAGGCUCCUGGAGGAAUCGCAACACCACCAGUGUAUGGCCAGCUUCUCGCUUUGUAUCUGCUCCACAAUGACAUGAAUAAUGCAAGAUAUCUUUGGAAAAGGAUACCACCUGCUAUAAAAUCUGCGAAUUCUGAACUUGGGGGAAUUUGGUCAGUAGGACAGCGAAUCUGGCAGAGAGACUUCCCUGGGAUCUACUCGACCAUCAGUGCUCACCAGUGGUCUGAGACCGUCCAGCCAAUCAUGGAAGCACUUAGAGAUGCAACAAGGAGACGUGCCUUCGCCCUCGUCUCUCAAGCGUACACCUCAAUCAUUGCUGAUGAUUUUGCAGCCUUCGUGGGACUUCCUGUAGAAGAGGCUGUGAAAGGUAUAUUAGAGCAAGGAUGGCAAGCUGACUCCUCCACAAGGAUGGUCUUGCCCAGGAAGCCAGUCACAGGGGCCCUGGACGUUUCCUUCAACAGGUUUAUUCCCUUAUCAGAGCCUGCCCCAGUUCCGCCUAUCCCCAAUGAACAGCAGUUAGCCAGGUUGACAGAUUACGUGGCUUUUCUUGAAAACUGAUGUCGCCCUUGGAAUCCUGCACACUGACAGAGAAAUGUAAAGCUUUUAUUUUCGGUUUACUGAAUGGAGUGAGCAUGUCAGCAUUCUUUACUGAGUAUGUGAUAAAAUGCAUAUAUAAUAUAAAGUAUAUUAUAUAUAUUUUGUCCUUAAAACAUGCUGAAGAGUUGUUGGAACAGUUCUCAUUUUGUACUGUUUAACAAAGAACUUGUUGGCUCUCAUCAGUAUUAUGCAGGUAGUUUCUGUUUCCCAGUGACUCACUUCAGAAUCUCCUGCUUUGUGUAGAGCAGGGUCGCCACGGCACACACCACACUCCCAUCCACACCACUGGCUGCUGGUUAUAGUGAUGUUUUUUGGGAUUUGAAAAAGACUUCCCAGAGACAGUGCCUGACCUGCCAGGGUUGUGAGGCACACUCUGGAAAAUGUUCUUUUCUACUCUAGCGAUCACUAAUACAAACAGAAAGGUAGCUGAGGAACAAACAGACCCGCUCCUGAGAAAACAAGUUUGUUAACACUACCUUCUUGGCAGCCUUGGCAGCUGUGCCGUGGAAAUGUGACUUGAGGUGUUUGGGGGAAGUAUCCAGAGCUAAUAGUUUUCCCAAAGAAGGGAGAAGUUGAGUAGGACACAGUAUUUGAGGAGCUGUGACAGCCUCCUGCUGCCUGUGGGCUGCUUAUAUCUGUCCCUUAGCUUAAGUUGUGCCGUUUGAAGACAUGCUGAAAGAGGAUUUUCAUUCUGUGUAGCAGCCCAUUGAAUAUUUGAAGUUGUUUAUUGUGUCUUCAGAUUAAAACAUCCCUUAGUUCAUUUAUUCUGCAUUUGUUCAAUAAAUAUUUAAUUGAAUUCAUCUAAA